GACGUGCGGCCCGGGCACCGUGUUCUGUAUGAGCUCGGGCCACUGCGAGCCGACCGGAAAGGGGUGCUCCCCUCAGGCAGCAUUCGGCUGUCGCGGCGGCACCAGCUACUGUAUGACAGCGGCGCGGUGCCUGCCCACUCCGUGCCCCGCUCAGCCCGAGGACCCGCCGAAGCCAGAGCAACAAUGCGAGGAAGAGGAAAUAUUUUGUGCCAUCUCCGGCCAGUGCCAGCCGUCGUCGGAGCCCUGCGGCACAGUCUGCCCACCGAGUCACGUGAUCUGCGCCGGGAGGACCGGCUGCGUCUCGUACCGCGACUGCAAGAACGCGACCGGCACCGGUUUGGCGUGGACGCUGCCAUCCGCCGUGUUGCAGGACUCCAAGGAGGCGCCGGCUGCCGCCGCUCUGUCCUCACUGCUCCACUCUGUCGCCGUCGAGACCCUGCUGGACGCUCAGGUGGUGCAGUCCAUGGCAGUGGAGGACGCUGACCCCGGCUGGUGGGUGUCGGACUCCGCUGACGGACUCUUCCAGAGCGUCGCCGCCGACUCCACGCUGCGGCUGAACCAGUUUGUGAAGUUUCGACCGUCGCUCGACGGCGGGCUCGGAGUCAGGCGCAUCAGCCUCGCCCAGGACGCUGACCAGGACACUGUGCUGCGCUACUCCGUGGUCCAGUACGUCCUCCCGUCCACCAAGCUGGUCAACAUCACCCAGACCGAGUUCACCAUCCCGGAGGACCAGCCGAGCACCCUGCGGCUCUCGGACGUCAUCCAGAUCACCGACCCGGCGACCGAGGACGAGAUGGGCCGGCUGAGGACGUCUCUGGCGGCGGCUGACCUGGACCGGACGGCUGUGGGUUACCGUCAGCUGGACUCGCUGCUCCAGCCGACCGUGCCCGUCCGCAUCGCCUACUCCCGUCCACCAAAGCGUCGCUCGGAGGUGCCCGGCACCCUGCUGCUGUCAACCGCCGGCGACCAGGACAACUGGACGGAGCACAGCCUCGAGCAGCAGCCACUGGAGCUGCAGCUGCCGCGGGACCCCUCGGCCGCCGACCAGCCGCUGAUCACCUUCAUGCCGCGGCCCGACUUCCAGGGCGUCGUCGGCUUCGACAUCAGCGUCAGCCUCGGCGCCGCCACCACCCCGGCGCAACUGACCGUCACGGUGGAAGCCGCUAACGACGCGCCGCUGCGCGUGGGCCCGGCGCCGAAUGCGCUGCUGGUGCCUCUGGGCGCCGAGUCGGUGACCGUGUCCGUGUCGGAGCUGGUGUCCGGCUCCUUCAUGGAUCCGGACGGCCUGGCCACGGGCGCCGCCGUGCUGGUGGCCGCCGGGGAGCCGCUCGGUCGCUGGGAGUGGGCUCCGGCCGGCGCCGACCGCUGGAGCGCCCUGGAGCUGCCCGCCGACGCGGUGUCGGUGGGUCUAACAGCGUCCGACUGCGGUCAACUGCCAACCGACGGAGAGAUGGCGGCGCUCAGCCGGCGGCUGACGGGCUCCGCCGCGUGCGGCGCGGCACCGGUCGAGCUCCCGCCGACCACGGUAACACCCCAGUACCUGGCGCCCGACGACCGGCUCCGGUUCACGGUUACAAACGCCAGCCAGGUGUGGACGCGGGCAGAGGCGGCCGAGGCGGCCGUCCUGGUGGUGGCUGGGUGGGACCAGACAGCGGCGCCCAACAACGUCAGUCUGCCCGACUGCCAGCCGGACUGCGGCGGCUCAUCCAGUCUCAGCGCCUCACUGCUGCGCGUGCUGGUGCUGCGCUCCGACUGUACCCGACUCCCCGUCUACAGUGAAGAGCACGCCUCUGAGCUGGACGCGUGUGGGGUGUGCGGCGGCCUCGGCAAUUGCAUCACUUGCGACGGCCAGGUCAACGGAUCGGCCUACGUGGACUGCACCAAGUGCGUGGGCGGGACGACGGGCCUCCAGCCGGAGCGGGACUGCGCCAACCAGUGCUCGGAGAACCUCCUGGUGACCAUUAACGGCACAGAGCUGUGCGUGCCCUCGGAGGCAGCCAGGGUGCCGCCGUGUGACGGCGUGCCCGGCUCCGGAGCCUACUUCAACCUGUGCGGCCACUGCGUGCUGGGCAGCACGGGCCGGCCCGCGCUGUAUGGCCGGGACGCGUGUGGUCAGUGCGUCGAGGACCCUACCGCCGACAGCGGCUCGAGCUGUCCGCAGCCGCUGUGUGACGGCUCCGUCACCAGCCCCCGGCGGCGAGACCACUGCGGCGAGUGCCGUCACCCGGAUAGUGAUCAGUGGAGCGCGUGUCGGCCGUUUGGGAAGCCGCCGCCUGUGGUUGACCUAGCCCAGCCCGGCGGGUCGAUGCCGACGGUGCAGAUGGCUCUGAGGAACCAGACGACCGCCUGGGACCCCACGCUGGUCAGCUGCCACGUGACUGGAAUGACAGGAGAGCGCAGACAGGUGAUCACGUUCAAGGGGCCCUCGACAAUGACGGCGGAGAAGGGUGUGCUGCGCGAACGACCCUCGGUGGGAGCUAAGCUGGUCGACCUGCCCCCUGAAACCUACCAGUUCAGCUGCGGCGCGGACCUAGCCGCCGAUAAAUUCAGCCUUGUGAACAGCAGCGAGCUGCAAAUCAGUACCUUGGAGACACCUGAGGCACUGUUCAACGCGGAAAACAAGGUGGCGGUGGUGCUGUCCUCUGACCCGGUACCCACCGCGCCCGUGGUGCUCGGUCUGGUCCCUCCGGACGGCGUUCGACCGGCGCUGGUCGUCGUCCCACUCACCCGACCUCAGCCAACCCCAGUGGGUGACGAAAGGACACUGAAGCGCAUCGGUAAACUGGUGGCCAAGGGUGGCUCGGGCGCGCUGACCGCUCUCCUGCCGCGGCUGCCGUCCGCUGGAGUGUACCGGGUGAUUGUCGCUCAUGACCGCGCCGGACUGGAGGCUCAGCUGCAGAGAGGGUGUGACAGCGAGUGUCAGGCUGCGGCGCUGUCUCUGCGCGUGCGCUCGGCGCCGCCGGAAAUCACAGGCGCCGAGUUCGCCGCUCCCUACCGGCACGUGACCGUCUCCUUCGACGGCCCGGUGUGGACAGAACAGGGCUGUGAGGCGCUGCUGGACCCCGCCGCACUCCGGGCUCUCGGAGGACCCGAGGGAAGUGACUGUUCCGUUCGAAGUAACCAGCUGUUGAUUCGCCUGGGGUCCAAGAUGGCUGCGCCCGUCAGCGGGAGCGUGGAACUGACGCUGGCUGAGAGUGGUGAUAUCGUGCAGCUGGGUAGUGGUGGGGGAGAACUGGCUAGCCGUGCUUCGGGAUCUGUGACCGUCAACUUCACACGGGCGAUGGCGGAGUCGCCGCGCGUCUCGCUGCUGGGCCCGUCGGUGGUGUGCGCCUCGGCCGGGUGGCGGGCCGCGUUCCGCGCCGUCCCCGAACAGGACCUGGGCCGGCCACUCUCCUACAGCUGGAACAUCUCACUGGAGAGGGAGACGACCCUGCGCCAGUCGGACACGCUGACCAUCUGGCAGGGAAUUAAUGCCGCGAUCGCCACCGAGGACACGGAGAGUACGGACACAGUGUCCUCGUACAACAUCGACUCUUCAGCGCUGGUACCGGGAUCAUUCAACUACGAGGUGUUCGUGAAGGCGCAGGCGUGGACGGGCGCGUCCCAGAUCGAGUCGCGUCCGUUCCGCGUCUCGUCCUCGGGCCUGUCCGUGUCGGUGACCGGUCCGGCGAGGAUCGGUCGCUCGGGCCUCUACACCUACCACGUGACGGCCACCAGCUGCGACUCUGAGCAGGACGGCACUGCUGACAGUCUGACGUACUCAUGGCGCCUGCCGGGGGUAUCGCCCUCACACAUGGACGGUUUGAACAGCCGCACCCUUCGUGUGGACACCUCAGAGCUAGUGUGGCAGUCAGAGUACCUGCUAACCUGUGUGGUCAGCCGGCUCGGCACCAGCGAGGUCUACACGGAGUCCCUCCGUCUGAGGCCGGCCAGCAGCGGCGUUCGUGCCCGUCUGCCGGCCGAGCGGCGCGCCGUCCAGCCGGAGCAGCCCAUUUACCUGGACGGCAGCCGGUCGGAGGACCUGGCCGGAAGGCCGGGAAAGCUCAGCUACAGCUGGAGCUGUCGGCUGGCGGAGAGCGGCGCCGGCUGCUUCGUCGGCGACCCGCGGGAGCCGCCGCUGCAGCGGCUGGAGCAGCGUCUCGGCGACAGCGCCCUUAGCGGACCCACGCUGCGCGUGCCGGCCGGGCUGCUCGCACCAGAACAACGCUACCUGCUGACACUGAGGGUGGAGAAAGACGGCGAUGUCGACACUGCCCACACGGAGGUGUAUGUCAACGCGCUGCCGACGCCCAAACUGUGGAUUGACAGGCAGACCGACGUGUUUGAUCCAUUCCAAGACAUUUUCGUAUCGGCGCAGGUGUCGACCGACUGGCCUGUGACUGUCCAAUGGGAGACCGACUUCCCGCUGCCUCCGGCCGCUCUGGAGGGCGCCUCGUUCCGCCCGACCCUGGUGCCCGCCGGCGCACGCAGGCGCCACUUUGACCUGGUGCUGCCGGCCCUGGAGACAGCCGGCGGAGAGGACGGCUGCACUCUGUGUGGAAAGGUGCUCCGUUUCGUCCUCCGCGCUGACAUGGAGACCGGCGACUCCCUGGUGGCCUCCGCAGAGGUCGACCUCACCAUGAUGAGCGCCCCCUCACUCGGCGAACUCGAGGUGUCGUCCGCCGACGGCCUGAUGACGGCCCUGGACGCCUCUGAGGGCUGGUCGGCUGACUCGGGCGCGCUGCAGCUCACCUUCCAGUUCGGUUUUAUCACGUCUGACGGCAUGAGGGUGCCCAUGGCGACCACGGUGGGCGCUGACAUGCCGCGGACCGAACUGCUGCUUCCCAGAGGCGCCGCUCAGGUGUACGUUCGUGUCUGUCCGGCUGAUGGUGUAUGUCUCACCGUGGACAGUGACGUCACUCCGAAACAGGGUGUCAUCAGCGACGAAGCUGAUAUGAGGGAGCUCAGCGAGCGCCAGGUGGAGGUUCACGAGCUGGGUCGUCCCGUGGAGGUACUGGGCUGGUCGGUGACCAUCCUGGACAGACUUCCGACCGAGCAGAGCUCAGCCGCUGAAAAUCUGACGGCCAUCGUUCACUUCACGGCUCGCCGCGCCCUCUCCAACAUCGCAUCCAGGCUUCGAGAGCUGACCAACAGUGAAAAUGUCAAACAGAAAACGCGGGCGGUGGACCAGGCUCUGACGGCUCUGGAGCUGCUCGGCCCGCUGGAGGCUGCGCUGGCCGGUCAGGCGCAGUUUGACCUGACCGGUCACAGGAGCACGCUGCAGCAGCUGGUGGGCGCCGCCCUGCUGCCCUCAGUACCGCAGACGUUCAUAGAGCAGACGCUGCAGGUGGUGCCGCAGCAGCAGAUUGUGCCGGCCAGCGGACCGGUCCCGCUUCCAGUGGCCAGUCUGAGAUCUCGUCGUGCUCGGCGCCGACCCAAAAGAGCUGUGGCUUUCACCUCGAGCACCCAGCCACUCGACGCCAGCCAGGCGGCGCGACUGCUCAGUACUGCCGAGGGCUCGUCCAACACCGGCGCCCUACUGACGACGGCUCGCGCGGCGCUGGCCGGUCUGUGCGCCGGUCUACCUUCCACCAACAGCCCUCCAGUGGCUGUUCUCGGCUACCGGCUGCAGCUGCAGGCGGCGCGGCGCGCGCUUGACACAGCCGGCACCGCCCGCUGGCCGCUGGUCGAGCACUCGGAGAGCGCCAACGGCACGUGGCUACAGCCCAGCGCCCAGUGGACCGGCUGGUCGUGGGAGUGCGGCGGUGACCCGGAGCUGCAGGUGGCGGUCCUCUGCCGCGAUAUGUGCGUCACCACCUGGGUCACGGAGGAGGACCUGCUGACGGCCAGCACGGACCGACUGGAGAGCGACCCCACCCCGCGCAGGACUCCAGUGUUCAGUGUGAGCCUACUUCACCCGGUCAGCCUGGAGCCGCAGUAUGCCGAACAGACCCUCAAGUCGCCCUUCACCAUCAGCACCCUGAUCAACGCCUCAAUGGAGAUGCCGGAGGGAAAGACGCUCGAGUGUCGCAGCUGGCAGGACGAGGAAUGGAGCGCUGACUCCUGUCAGACCGAUCGGAUGACUGGCGGCGAGCUGAGGUGCAAAUGUACCCGGCUGGGCGCAGUGGCGGCCUUUGAGGUGGACGCGCCCGAGCCGACCACCACCGUGCCCACGACCCAACAGGCCACCACUACUACCGAGAGGACGGAGAGCAACACCCAGCUGACCAACAUCACUCUGCGGAUCGACGCCGACUACCAGGCUGUGGUUGGGGACGACAAGGAGCAGUUCGAGAGCCACAUGAAAACGCAGAUCGCGGCGAGCAUGAACAUCAGCGAAUCGUCCAUCAUCUCCAUCAGCGCUCGCCCGGGUUCCAUCCUGCUGGAUCUCACCGUCGAGACAUCCGCGGUGAACCAGCGCACUGCCACGGCCACCCGCUCCCAGGACCCGCUACAGGUGCUGACGCAGCUGGUGCAGUCGGGCCAGCUGGAGCUCACCGAUCUCCAGGGUAACCGGCUGGUGAUCCCGCGAGACGGACUCGACGACGUGCAGGCCGACCCCGUGAAGGAGGAGAGGAACACGCGCACGGCCGUCAUCAUCGGAGCCGUCAUCGCCGCCAUCGUGGUCAUCUGUGUGAUCGGCGUCAUCGCCGCCGUGGUCAUCAAGAACAAGAAGAGGUCCAAGGUCGGAUCAAUGACGAGUCCGACAGACCGCAGUCAGCAGAACACGUACAAGUCGUUCCAGUUCGAGCACGUGAUGGACGGCACAGCGGCCUCCCUGGAAAAGUACAGAUCUUCACGAGGCAUGGACGAUUCCGAUCGGUAUCUGGCGGAGACGAUGCGCGCCCAUUCGGCAGCCGCUCUUCAGCGGCGGGCCAGUGUGCCGCGGCCGGCCCGCUACGACACGCCCAGCCGCGAGCAGCUGGACGCCACCCAGGCCGUGCCAGAGAGCGUGCAAGAGGCACCAGCUCCGUAACGGCUGAAAUCCAAGAUCGAGAGGAUACAAAACCAUCUGCCAGGUACACCCGAAGAACAGUGGGAAAAUUGAAGACUCUUCUCAGCGGGCUUAGGGCAAUCAUUUGAAGUCAGCUCCAUCGGAUGGAUAUUCGACAAUCAUACAAAAAGAUGUUUAAAAUGAUAGGUAAAUGUAACUUACCUAUAGCUCCUUUCGACCGCUAGUUUUGGACUGGUGUGUACUUAUUGUAUUAUUAUUGAUGUGCGUGUAUUUUUAUUCAUCUCUAACGUGUGACUUUAGUUUUGUGAUAUGAGACCGUGAGGUUACCCAUAUCGAUAUCAAUUCACAACUGUCACUGCUGUAAACUGUGAUAACUGUCAUUUUGCGCCAUCUAGUCAUUUUGUCUAGGAAAAUAGUUGUGAUAAUUUUUGCAGCGGACUGUGGAAAACAAAACUGUGAAGGCUUGAAGAAUUAAAAAAAAAUGUUCGAUUAUGUUACUGCGAAUUUCGAGUGAUGUUUUCGUUUUUCCGUAAGGUCGACAUGCGUGCUGCUUUCACGAGUGUUGUUUUUAAUGAUCAUAUUGUUAUCACUGCCGACAUUCAUUUUUACUGGAUGCAACGUGUAGUAAGGGAAGUAUAAAAGUUACGUAAUCGAAGCAAGCUGGGCUGGCAAGACCAAACAUUUUUCUAGUUUCGUUUUGUUUUCUAUAUCGUAGAAUUUAAAACGUUCAGAAGACGGCAUUUCGAUUAUACUGUUCGAUGACGUUCUCAAUAAUUUUGAAACAAUAUGUGUUUGUAUAUCAAUACAUUUAAUUUCGUUA